AUGUCUGCAGAACCCACUGCUCUGCGUCGCACUCAUCCAUCUAACGCCAACAAACAUCCUGGUGAGAUCGUCCUUCAAGCAAAAGGUCAUCAACGUACCGCAGAGGAGAUGGCUGUUGCCAAAGCCACAGAAGCCGAAAAGGCUACAGCCACUCAGGUAGGCAUCCAGCGCUUGGCUAGGAUAGAGCUUGACAUGGAGGAGAAACAGGCUGGCACACUGACCAAGAAGGCCAAACCAGUGCGCCCUCCUCCAAAAGGAAAGGCUAAGGGUAAUAAGGCUAUCUCUGAAAAAGAGAAAAGCCUUCCAGCAGUUGCCAAUGGCAAGGCUCAGAAUGCAGCAUUGGAGAAUAACGCUGAUAUUGAAGGUCUCAACAAUGGUCCUGAUAAGAGGAAGAAGAAGAAGGGGAUCAGAGGAUCCAUCAAUCACGCACCAUGA